CGGCGCGCGCGGGCUCGGUUCGGCAGUCCGCCAUGAGCUGCCUGACGGUGCCCGGUGUCCAUCCCGGCUCCCCCAGCCGGCCCCGCGGGCAGAUUCAGGUGAUCUUCGGGCCCAUGUUCUCCGGAAAGAGCACGGAGCUCAUGCGGCGAGUGCGGCGGUUCCAGCUCGCCCAGUACCGGUGCCUGCUGGUGAAGUACGCCAAGGACACGCGCUACAGCUCCUCCGGGGUCUGCACACACGACAGGAGCACCAUGGAGGCCCUGCCCGCCGGGCUCCUCCAGGACGUGUACCAGGAGGCGCUGAGGGCCGCCGUCAUCGGCAUCGAUGAGGGCCAGUUCUUCCCAGACAUUGUGGAGUUCUGCGAGACAAUGGCCAACACUGGGAAAACCGUCAUUGUUGCUGCUCUGGAUGGCACCUUCCAGAGAAAGGCCUUUGGGAGCAUCCUGAACCUGGUGCCGCUGGCAGAGAGCGUGGUGAAGCUGAACGCUGUGUGCAUGGAGUGCUUCCGAGAGGCCUCCUACACCAAGAGGCUGGGAGCAGAGCGGGAGGUGGAAGUGAUUGGAGGAGCUGACAAGUACCACUCGGUGUGCCGAGCCUGCUACUUCCGCCUGCGGCCCCAGCAGCCCGGGCCAGACAACAAGGAGAACGUGCCCCUGGGCCUGAGGCAGCUGGAGACAGCCGCCCCUCACAAGAUCUUCACUUGACUGCUGGGAAAACGGAGGGGAGGGGAGCUCAGUGCUGUGGCUCACAGGCCUCUCUGUACUUUAACAAACUGUUCAGUGCCUCAGCCCUCCCCACCCAACCUCCCCACGCCAAGCGCCACAACUGAGGAUCCACCACGCCUGAUGCUGGUGGAAGCUGAAGCAAAAGCCUGGCUAGAGUGAGUUCCCAUGUCAGAACAAGGAGAGAGACCAGCACAGUCGCUGGUGCUGCCACACACAGGCCCUGGGGCACUGCACGUGCAGCCAGGCUGCAGUGCUGCUGCUCACUGUGGCUCUGGCCAGCUCUCACAGGGCUCCAAGUGUGCUCAGGCUGCCACCAGUGCUGCUUCUGCUGCCUGUGAAUGCAGCCCUUCUCUCUUGUGCACUGUUGCUACAUUCCAGGUUUCUCAAGACAUUGUACAGCUAUUAGUAUUUUUAAUGCAAUUUUUAGCUUCCUUCCUUAACAGUCUGAGGUAACUUGUCCCUUGUCACAGAGCUGUGACACAGCUUUUAAACUGACACACGCGUCAGCCCAGCCCUGGGCAGGCCCCCAGCCUCUCUGCCAGCCUGCCUACUGGUGUCAAUUAUUGUUGAAACAGGAGGAGGCCUGCAGCUGACUCUCCUGAGCUGCUGAACCUCAAGGGCUGGCUGUGUUCUAGCAGGCUGUGACAGACUCGUUUGGAAGAACUGGUCCCAGGAAGAGCCUCCUCCAAAUUUAGGGCAGUUUUUCUCAGGUUCAAGGCUGGUGCUGCCAUUUUGGUGCUAUGUUACCUGUCAGGGGUUUGGAGGCUCAGAGUUUCAUCUACCAAGAUUUGGACAAUUAUUCCAGGGACGAUCCAGCUGCUUGGUAAAGGGGCUCUCCUGAGGAGCUGCUUCUCCAGUCCAGUCAUGUCUCUUGCUUUCUCCUCAGCCUUCCCAGAUUCUCGAGGCUGACUCUUAGUCUGCUCUAAACUGACUGAAGGAUCCUCUUCCCUCUUUGUCAGACUCAGAUUCUGGGAGGUUGUUGUUUCCUUAUUGCCUGCAAAAGGGUUUUUUCCUGGAAAUGUUUUUUUCCCAGCAUCCACAGGCUCUGAGCACUAGCUCUUUGUUCUGGCCAGGCCAGACCUUUGCAUCCGAGUCCAGGACUGCUGUUUGUCUGUGCCCUGGAAGGCUCCAAGAGCUGCCUGAACCCCCCUGCUGCCCCCAUGUUUCAGGUGAGAAUUAUUGUAUUCACAAGCACUUGACUGCCAGGCUGGGCUUCUCCCCAGGGCUUGAGAAGGCUCCGCUGCUGCUUUAGGUUAAUAAAUAACUUAAUUAAU